AUGGAUACAAAUCAAACUACAACUGUCACUGAAUUCGUUUCAUUGGAUGAUAUUUGUAAAAAUUUCCAUCUCAUUAUCUUUCUUUGUAUUAUAUUCGUCUUAAUUGUUUCGGCUAAUAUAUCCGUUAUUCUUCAAUUAAGUUGUUCAAAGAAACGCCACAGCCGAAUGAGUUUCUUUUUACUAAAUCUAGCUUAUGCGGAUUUGUUCGUCGGUAUUAUUACUGUCACUCGGGAUAUAAUCGAAAAAAGUUGUAUUCCGUUUGGACUUGGCUCUAUUGGUUGUAAAUUGACAAGUUUUAUACAAGGCACCAUUUCAUACAAUUCAAGUUAUGUACUCGUUUGUGUGUCAAUCGAUCGUCUCUAUGCUAUUAUUCGACCCAUGGACAUACGAACAGCAUCGUCAACAUUUCGAUAUUCGUUGAUCGCCGCAUCAUGGGUGAUAGCAAUGACGUUUGCUUCUGCUCAACUUUAUUUACGCGAUAUUGAUUGGAUACGUAGUAUGCCUAUAUGUGGCAACCGACCCGAUGUUUUAAAUUGGAAUGCAUAUGUCUAUUUUCUUUUUGUUUCUCUGUAUUUGGUUCCAUUAAUUGUUAUGACUGUUUCAUAUGUGAUCAUAAUUGUAAUAAUCUGGAAGAAAAGUUCAGUUAAUAGAAAAGAUGAAACAUCAAAUGAAAGAAAUAAUAAAUCGAAAUUUUAUCGAAUACUUUCAUUCAAGCGCGGAACUCUUGGUGAUGCUAAUCAAAUUGAAUCAACUAUUCGUAAUGCACGAUCACUUGGUGUUAUACCACGAGCAAAAAUAAAAACAGUUAAAAUGACAUUAGUUAUUGUUAUUGCUUUCACUGCCUGUUGGUCUCCAUAUUUUCUUUUGAUGAUUAUGAAUUCACUCAAUCUUAUUCAAAAUUAUUUUCUUAUUCGAGUAACAUCAUCAUUAUGCUAUAUGAAUUCAUUGGCGAAUCCACUGAUCUAUUGGCUAUUUGCAACAGACUUUUUUAUUCGAUGCCGACAAAAUAGUGGCUGUCAUCUUGUACCAAGAAAAGCAUCGGAAGGAACAACAAAUGGCGUACGUUAUUCAUUGACAGAAUCUCGAUACAGUAUAGCUAGUUCAAAACAUAUACAAAGUCGUUCAAAUGACGAUUCACGUUCACAACGAACUCCUCGUAUGCAGUCAAACCGUCAAUCCAAUUAUCGAUCACCAACACCAAAUCAAUCGCGAACAAAUAAAUAUAUUGUUCCACAACGAAAUUCUCAAUCGUCCCUUUUUUACAGUUAUCAACAUCGUCAUUAA